UGAGUGCAUGACUCAGGCUGGAGAUUAACGCCACACUUGAACUGGUCAGACCCUGCAUUCAAACCACGCGUUUCCUCUGAACUUUCCCACAUCACUUUGGACAAUGUUUCCUGGACAUGUGCAUGUGAGAUCAGAGCAUGCAUUCAGACCAGACAGGGCUGUGGGAUCCCCAACCCCCGUCUAAACAUGCCACACCCUUCCCUGCACCCCCUCCCUCCAAUCCACGGAUCUCCUAUGUGACCUCGGCCAUCCCGGCCAAGAGAAUCACUUUCUACAAAAGCGGCGACAGCCAGUUUGGGGGUGUCAGGAUGGCCAUUCACAAGCGCAGCUUUAAAUGUUUCGACGCCCUGCUGGAUGACCUUUCUCAAAAGGUGCCCCUGCCGUUUGGAGUGCGGACCGUGACCACGCCCCAAGGCAGGCAUACCAUCAAACACCUAGAACAGCUCCAAGAUGGUGGCUGCUACCUCUGCUCUGACCAGCGUCAAGCUAAGCCCAUUAAUAUGGAGCUGGCCAGCAAACGCCAAGGUGUUUGGUACCAUCAGAGCCGGAGGCCCCUGCGGCCUGAAAGCUCCUCUGCAACACCCCCAGGCCAUUUACAUUUGCUUUACAGGCAGCGACAGAUCCUGCUGGUGAAGAACAGCGAGCCAGUCAUUAGGAGAAGCAUUGUACUGAGCAGAAGGUCAACAAGAAGCCUGAAAGCUUUUCUAGAUGAGGCGUCAGAGGUGAUGCAGUUUCAUGUCCGCAAGCUCUACACUGCAGAAGGACGCAGGAUUGACCGCGUGCAGAGCCUGAUGACUUGUCCUGCUGUGUUGGUGUGCGUUGGUCGGGAAUCCUUCAGCCCCAUGCUCAUUAAUUUCAUCAGAAAGUCCUCAGAGGAAAAACUACCUGGCCUUGGCUGCCAGCCUCCUGGUCCUGGUACACGGGUUCCUGGAAAUGGGGCCCGAUCUCCUUCUACCCAAGGAGUGAGGUCUCCUCCUCAUGGAGCUCAGUCCAGAUCCAGUGAAUAUGAUGAAGGACAUGACAACAAGAAGAACAAUAAUUUUGGUUUAGAGACCAAGAAGAGCAUCAUCCAUCCUCGGUCCGAUUCCUCAAAUCGCUCAACUCGUUUCUCUGUGUCUUCUGAAAAGUCUUAUGGACUUGGCUCUCAGUCUAGACCUUCUAUCAUGAAUGAUGAUAUUGAAAAGCGUGUUCUAGUCAAUAAAGAUGGCAGCCUUUCAGUUGAGAUGAGGGUGCGUUUUCGCCUCCAAAAUGAGGAGACCAUACAGUGGUCCACACAAAUUAAGAAAUCCCCCUCCUUGACUAAUGAUUGUUGCCCCCUCAGCCAAACACAGCCCCAUUACCUGCAACAGAGCCAAUCGGAAAGUUGUUCGGACCCUGAUUCCACCUCGUAUGAGGGCAUGGAUUACUCUAGCCAACCUUUAAUACAAGCACUGGCAGAGAAACACUGUCCCCGUUGCUUCCAGAGCCAAAAUAAUCAAUUUGACUUGUGGGAAAACUCAACUAAAAAGCACCAUCCUGUCCCACCCACACAUGCGCCCAACCAAACUAUGAUGAGACAUACACGCUCCUCAAGCUCAUCCUCAUCAUGCAAUUCAAGGAGAAUGGUUCGUUGCCGAGCACGGCUUUCCAGGUCUUCAGGUGGCUCAGGUUCAGAGCAGGGCCAGUUCGUCCAGAAAGAGAUGUCUGUGAUGGAGCGGGUAGAGCACAGAGUAGAGGUGGACCAAGAUGGGGACACUCAAGUAGAGGUCUGCAAAGUUAGUCGGUGCUGCAGUAGGACUGAAGUGGUUGCCAUGGACACUGACCUUCUGCCACAAAGUACAAAGAUAGUCGAGGGUGAGCUAAUGAUAGAGCAAGACGAAAACCGCCCAUUGUCUGCAGUCAGUAGCUCCUCGCAUGUUCUCCAGUCACUGAAAGAGGACCAGGAUGAUGAUGAUGAUGAGGACCGUCUGCCACUAAGUGCUUCUCAGUGCUCCAACAGAACUGAACGACCCCCAUCACCAACCCUUGUGGCUCACUUGGAUAAAGAACCAGCAAGCAACAUCUCUGACAAUUCAGUCUGCUCUGUCAAACAGAAGGAUCACAAGGAAAAUGAUGAGACAGAAAGCAGGGUAUUGUUUGCAGCCUCUACUUGCCACUGUGGAGCAGCAGAUGAGUCAGACCGAGUGCCCAGCUCUAAGUCUAAUAUCAGCAAACCUAGAUCAGAGGAAGAAGGGGCAGCUGACAAUGAAGUUGAAGACAUAAACAGGGCCGCUUCUGGCUUAUCUCGACACACAGGACGUUCAGAAAGUUCCCAGAAGUCAUGGACAUCUGAUGUUUGCUCAAAUUGUGGAGGUUGGAAACAUGGGCCUGUCUUUGCUGUACCGAACCCCUUGGAAGUGAGAGCACCAAGUGUCAUCUCUACAACUUCCAAUCCAAACUCAAGAGGAAAAGAUGAAGGCAGGCUUCCAAGUUCUACUUCAUCUACAAGCCGCAGGUCAAACAUGACACAUAAGUCUGAAUGUAAGGGUAUCUCUGGUGUUGCAGCUGAAAAAGACGAUGAGAGAAGCCCCAGUACAAUGUCAGCUCAGUGUAACCUAUUUCCUAUGUAUGCCAAGUCCAAAUGCACAGCUGAAGCUGUUGUCAUCAAAUUGAGAGAGGAUGAAGAGGAAGAAACCACUGCAGAAAGAACAGGCAGCUCAUUGUCAGACAAAUCCAGCACUUCAGUCAAGUUCCGAAAAACAAACUUUCCGCAAAGUACUAAAGAAGCAUUGUUAUCAGACAAAGUUGCAGAAGAAGGUGACACAGAAAAACGAGCUCCCAGUAUGCUCUCUGUUAGGUCAAAUGCUUCUGCCAAGUCUGGAAAGGCUGAAAGUCUCCUAUCAAAUAAAUCAACUAAAUCAAAUGUUUCUACAAAGUCGGGAACAUCUCAAGGAUCAACUUACAGUAGUCAGUAUGGUAAGGUAUUUUCUCAAAGCUUAAAAAUGACAGCUAAUGCAGAAGAAAAUGAAAACAAAAACACAGAAGAGGUACAAUCGAGGCCAGAAAGUAUGCUGUCAAAUAAUUCAAAAUCUGACACCAGGGCCAGUGCAAGGUCUGAUAAAUCUGCAAAGUCUCACAUAAACAUAGAAGCGGACAGAUCUCCAAGCGCGGUAUCAGAUAGAUUGCACUGUUCUGCUAAGUCCUCCAAGUCCCACAAAUCAAAUCGCACACAUAAAUCUCCAAAUCAACAGGAUUCUGAUGUUACUAUGACUAAGACAGAUGGGGAUGCGAUGGAAAAUAAAAUAGACCUGGAAAGUGUCAUGUCUGUAAAGUCAAAAACUUCAGUGAAGUCUGGUGCUUCUCACAAGUCAAAUUCAAGCAGUAAUUUUACAAGUCCAAAUAUUGCUAUCAUUAAAACACCAGAAAGUCCCAAUGAGGAGGAAAAUAACACCAAAGAAUGCGAGCUGAGUGUUGCAUCGGCCAAAUCCAGUAUUGCGUUACACAAUCCAAGCAAUAACAAAAUGGCCGACAUUGCUGUCAUUAAAACUGUAGAAGCAGGGGAAAAUGUGAACAAUAGUGCACCAGGAUGUAAAUCUACUGAAGACUCUCAUAGCCAAUCACUCUCGCCGAGAAGAAGACCUUCAUCCCGAACCCAAUCAUCCAAAUCUACCUCCCCCGAACAUUCUCAGCCCCAGCAGUUUUUACCAAAACCUGAUGGUGGUGAACUAAGACUUCACUCUACAACCUCAAGCAAAGGCAGCUUCAAAUGUUGCUGUGGAGUAGUAUCAGCACUAGAACACGAAGAUAAAAGAAAAGGAGAGAAUCAGGAAGAUGAAAAGUAUGAUGGAGCUUCGGAACGAGCCUAUAGCAUUCUGUCAUCAAAAAGACGAAGGAAAAAAUCAGGAAGCACAGAGAUACCUUUGAGUUGCAACUCCUCAGGAUCAAUCUCUCUUGGGCUGCAAGAAAAUCAAGAAAUGGGUGAUUCAGACAGUGGCAAAUCUGGUGUUUCUUUUCAUAGCCAGGCAGAGGGUAAGAUUACAGGCAGUGUGAAGACAGCAACCCUCAAUGUCUGUAAGAACCCAGAGAACUCCUCUGUCAAAGAAGAUGUGAGAUCAGAAUCCACUGUGUCAGAUGGUGAAACAGAAAUUACUGCAGCUCAUCCUCCAGCAGUUGACAUCCCUACCAUUACAACACCUACAGAAAGCAAUGAUGGGAAUAAAGAGAGUGGAGAACAAACCACCGAAAGGGCAGCAAGUGCAAAUUCAGUUAAAAGCAACAGGUCUCAUAAAUCCUGUUGUAAUAGUGUCAAAGCUGCAGCUCAAACUCUUGAUGGUAUGUCCGAGGAGAAAAGUGCCAGUACUGGUUCAACCAAAAAUCCAAACAUAGAAGAAACAGAAAGUGUGAAAUCUACGUCAACAACAAAUGCAAGCAAAACGGAUACCCUGAGCAACAGGACCUCGUCGGCAGUCUCAGGAAAUGCCAUGGUUCGGAAAAAAUCCCCAUCAAGGGCUGGUGUUAAAAAUAUCACAAAAGGAACAACUGGAUUUUCUUCAAAUACGGAUGCUGAAAACUGGGAUACCAGUAUACCACCUAGCGAGAUCAACAAGAUGGAAGAUAUUCCACAAAACAAGAGUAUCUAUUCCCAAAGCCCCAGUAAACACAGGCCUGAGUCAACGGCUUCAGCUCAGUCAGAAUCAAGAAAGUCUUCAAAGCCAUGUAAAGUGAAUCAUGAAUCAGUCAAAUCAGAUCUCUGUCCAGUCAAAAGUCACAAGACGAAGUCCCUGACAGGAAGCGAGGGUGGUAGCAACAGGGUGCCCAACUCCAAGAAAGAAACUUCAAUCAAAUCCUCAAGUCCUUGUCCCAUACACAACCCCAGACCAAGCAGUAAAACUGAAGUAGGUGUUGAAAGCUCCCCGUCUGGUGGUGAUCUGCUGAGGGAAACUAGACCUGUUGAAUACCAACACAGCCACCAUUCAAAGUCCAGUAAAACCAAUGGCAAGCCUCAGAGUGCGAAAAGUGGGGGGUCUCAGAAAAGUAGGCAUAUGAAGGACCAGGAGGGUGUGGGGGAACUUACACUGAAAUGCCUACCCAACAAGUCCCCCAAUGAAGUUGUUAGUGAUUGGCUCCAGAGUAUUCCUGCCAACAGCAACAUCCUCGCUCUUAACAAUGACUUAAAUGAGGAAGAAGAUGAUCAGAGGACAAAGCAGAUGGUAGAAACCCCCGGACAGGAGAUAGGAGCAACAGAGAUUAGCCCUGAUGAGGAGAAGGACGGCAACAAUGACAAUGUUGAGCCUCAAGAGGAAGAAGACAAAGAGCACAAAGUUGAUUGUGAAGCAGAAGGUCCAACAUUAGGUGAUUCAGUAAGAACUUCUCCCCACUCUAAGAACUGGCAGUGUUCUGCAGCAGUGAUGAAAGUUCUCUUGAGCUCUUCUCCUGGACGAUGCCGGAGCAUGCCAGAGGUAUCCCCAGUUUAUGGUCGUAGGCUGAGCACAUCAGCCAGGGGCCUUUUGGACAGUUUGACUCAGCUCCAACUUAUUGAACCUGCAGUGGGCUGUGGCAGUUAUCAACAAAAAGAACAUAAACAGCAAUAUGAGGAGAUCAUGGCCAUUCUUCAGUCACUCUGGCUUACUGAACCAAGAGACAUUGAGGCCUUGGAGACCAAGGACUAUAGGUGCUCAAAGCAAGUGACACCACCAAGGUCCUCAUCUGGAGUGGGUAUGAGCAGUGGGUCAGAUGGAUCAGGUAAAGGAAAUGGAAACCAAGGAGAAGAUGAAACAUGUGCUAAAGCAGAAGAGGCAGUAGAAAAGGCGAACAAAAUUGGAAAUAUCAUUGAAAUGGAACGUGAGGAGACAUUUAAAGAAGAUACAUCAAGGAAAAGUGAAGACCAAACUACAGUUCCUCAAAGUCUAGAGAGUCCAAAGACCACUGAAAACACUUCAUCAUCAGAGAAGAACACUACCAAUGACGGUUUCAAAUUCCCUACAGACAACAAAAGAGAGACAGAGGAAGACUCUCAUUCACGAGCACCCUUGUCCAAAAGACUUUCACAGGACCCUGAUCCAGUCUGGGUCCUUCACCUCCUCAAUAAGUUGGAGAAGCAGUUCAUGAGUCACUACAUUCAGACCAUGGCAGAGUUCAAGGUUCGCUGGGACCUGGCUGAUAGCCUCCUCCUAGACACCAUGAUCUCUGAGCUGAGGGACGAGGUGAGCCGGCGCAUCCAGAGCAGCAUCCAACGCGAGAUGAAGAAGAUUCAAAGUCGAGCCGGGAAAGUGGGCGUGUCGCCUCGGCCGCCUCAGUUAGCGAGCAUCUCCAGGGACUCCACCAUGACAGAGAAGAGGCGUCGAAUAAUGAAGGUGAUGAAGAAUCAAUCCGUUAAAACCACAGACUGUGUGAGCGAUGAAGAGAUGACGGGAAGUGAUCAGCGAAGUGACGAUGAGUACUGCCCCUGUGACGCUUGCGUCCGCAAGAAAAUGGCCACUCGGCCUCUCAAACAGAACUCGCUGGCAGCCGAAUGCCCCAUCCUGAUGGAGUUCGACCUUCGCAAGAUCCUUCAGCUGAAGAAAAGCCCGGUGCCCGCAAAUGUGGCAGCACCGCAACCUACGAAGGAGGAAGAGGAGGAGGCAAGGAAUUUGGAAAUGGUUGAGGAAGAGGAGGAGGAAGAAGAAACCAAGGAGGAUAUAGAAGCUAAAGUUGUUUUAGAGGAGACAAUUCCAGAGGAAGAAGAGGAGGAAGAACAGGAAAAAAACAAGAGUGAGGAAGGAGGGGAAAAGGUGGGAAACAGUGUGGAAGAUGAGGAGCAGGACGAAGGAGAAACAAGUGAACAAGAGGAAACGUCUGAAAAUGGAGAGGAGGAGGAAGGGGGAUGCACUUGCCUGUCUGCCAAAGAGGAAGAGGAGAGCAAAGAAGAAGAAACAAGCAACUGCACAGACGAUGAGACAGGAGAGGAGACGGGAGACGAUGAGAAGGGCGGAAAUGAGGGAGAGACAACAACUGGGGAGGAAGAGGAGGAGAGUGACAAAGAAACGGUGAAGGAGGCAACGCCAGACAACCAAUCUGGGGAUGACGCUUCUGCACAAAAUGAUGCAAAUGAAGAAUCAGUGCAGGUGGAGGAGGCUGAGAAGGAAAACAUCAGCUCAGAGGCUGAGGAUGAAGAUGACGAGGAUGAUGGCACGGGGGAGGAGGAGCCACAUGAAGAAGAGACAGAGAGCGAGAGCGAGGAGCAGGAUGAAGAGGCAUCCGAAGAGGAGAGAACCUCGCCACAGAGCCAAGGAGAGACUCCUUCUGUGACCGAAGGUGAAGAGGCCGACGUUGAGGACUCCGAUGACAGUAAACUUGAUACCAGCACUGAAGAAUCCGGACAUGAGGAGGGUGCAGGCUCAAGAGAAGAGGAAGACAGCAAAGACAAUGACGAAGACAUCGUAAAGGAGUUCAGGCCUGAAGAAAUGAGCGAGGAGGAGGAGGAGGCUAAAAACGAGGACGGGACUCUGCUGCAUCAGUUCACCAAGACCUCUGUGGAGUCCCAGCCCGGCUCGAUGGAAGACGAGAACACAGAUUUAACCUCAAGCCCUGUGGAGUCCACAAAAGCACCGGAAGUGGCAGCCAAUGUAUCAGCUGGUGGUCUCACGGACCACAGGAGCAGCCAAUCGAAUGUCAAACAAGGCAAAGCCAAGAAGGAUAUCAAAAACUGAUCACCAUUAAAAUAUCUUAUAAAGUCUUAAGGACACUUCUCUUUCAGAAGUGUUGCUAAAAAUUAUUUUCAAUUAUUAUCUCGAGUUUAAGACUGUUGAACACUCAAAGCACUUUUAUGUCUCCAGAUCUGCUGUAGGACGAUUCGAUUAGGACCAUUUCUUUUGAUAUAAACAACUGUACUGUCGGCAUAGAAAUGCAAGGAUGCAUCAGGAAUGUUCUGACCUACACUACUUACGUAGAUUGUAAAGAGAGUGUGUCCUAAGACUAAGUCUUGUGGUACUCCAUUAUUGACAGCUAAAUAACUGGAAGAAGUACCUUUGUGUUGAACAUAUUGCUUUUGGCCUGAGAGAUAAUUAGAAAACCAACCAAGAGUGUGAUCUGAGAAAACAUCUGAGAGCUUAUGGUCCGCUGACUGAAUAGAAUUUAAUUCCGUUGAUACAUCCCA